AUGUCCAAUGGGCCCCUGGCCCGGCUGGCCUUCAGAAGGAUUUGCCACUCAGUCAGCAACGUCGGACAGUCUGUCAUGCCGCCAAAGCACAAGGAACCUGAUCGCUCCCCACCUCCUGAUCGAAAUUCACGAAAUUCCAAGUUGCCAAAAGUGGUUGAAAUUGACGAUGAAGAAGAACGCAUAAUCAAUGUCUCCAAUAGCGAUGGCGAAGCUACCACCAGCAGUCAGAUUGAUAUGUUUAAGGUGUAG